GUUCAUGACUAACUUCACUUCAGUGCGUAUCUCUACGUAGCCGACGUAGCCUACGUAGGAUGCAGUAGGAUGUGUACUCCACGACGUCCAUGACCUCCAUGACGUUCAGAGUCGCCACGCGUGUUGAAAGCAGAAUGGCAAAACGACCUCAGCCGGAGUGGCAACCACCUGAAAGAUCAGUGGGCCCUGCUCUCAAGCUCUUCAACAGUCUUACCCGCCAGAAGGAGGAAUUCAUACCCCAAAAUGGGAGACAUGUUCUCUGGUACAGUUGUGGUCCAACUGUCUAUGAUGCUUCACAUAUGGGCCAUGCGAGAUCAUACAUUUCAUUCGACAUCCUCCGAAGAGUGCUUUCAGAUUACUUCGGAUAUGAUGUGUUGUAUGUCAUGAAUAUCACAGACAUUGAUGACAAAAUAAUAAAACGAGCGAGACAGAAUCAUUUGUAUGAUGAGUAUGUAGUAAAAGGGCACAGCCUCAAAAAGAAUUUGGAUGAUGCUAAGAGUGUGUUGGAAUUAUUCAGUGAAACUGUAAAGAAGACCACGGAUCCUGACAAGAAAUGCAUGUUGGAAAAGUUGUUGGUUAGGAUGACAGGAGCUGUUGAAGAACUAGAGGUUGCUGUUAAGUCAAACAAUGAAGAUGAAACCAAAAAAGCUCAAGAGGUUUUGUUGAAGGAAUCAAAGGAUCCAUUGUCAGAGUGGCUGGAUUUCAAGCAUGGUGCAAAGGUUGCAGAUAACUCCAUUUUUGCCAAACUUCCUCAACACUGGGAAGCUAAAUUUCAUGAGGACAUGGAUGCACUUAAUGUUCUUCGACCCUCUGUUCUCACAAGGGUGAGUGAAUACAUCCCAGAAAUCUUGGAAUAUAUUGAAAGGAUAAUUGCAAAUGGUCUAGCGUAUGAAUCAAGUGGAUCUGUCUACUUCGACGUCUGUAAGUUUGACCAUCAAGAAGGACACCACUACGCUAAACUAGUGCCUGAAGCUUAUGGAGAUGUAAAGUCUUUACAAGAAGGAGAAGGAGACCUUUGCAUAUCUGAAGAUAGACUGAAUGAAAAACGAUCUCCAAAUGACUUUGCUCUCUGGAAGAAGUCAAAGGCAGGUGAACCUUGGUGGGAUUCGCCAUGGGGUUGUGGGCGACCUGGUUGGCAUAUUGAGUGUUCUGUCAUGGCUUCUGUUAUAUGUGGCAAGUCAUUGGAUAUUCACACAGGUGGUGCUGACCUCAAGUUUCCACAUCAUGACAAUGAACUGGCACAGGCUGAGGCAUACUUUGAUAAUGACAACUGGGUAAGGUACUUUCUUCAUUCAGGUCACCUAACCAUCUCAGGAUGCAAAAUGUCCAAGUCUCUAAAGAACUUUAUUACCAUCAAGGAUGCUUUGACUCGUCACACAGCCCGCCAACUUCGACUUGCAUUCCUUCUUCACUCUUGGAAAGACACACUUGACUACAGUGACAAUACAAUGGAGAUGGCAGUGCAGUAUGAGAAACUUCUUAAUGAGUUCUUCCUAACCGUGAAAGAUAUGGCAAGAUGCACGUCAAGCAGAACACAAAUAAAUUCUUAUAAGAAAUGGGAGAAGGAUGAACUGGAACUGAAUAAAAGAUUUAUUGUGGCAAAAGACUCUGUGCAUGCAGCACUAUGUGAUAAUGUUGACACUCGAGGUGCUUUGGAUGCAGUCAGAGAUUUGAUUGGAAUCUGCAACAUUUAUAUUCGAGAUAAAAGGGCUUCCAUAAAGGAGUGUAACUGCUUACUACUCCGAGAUAUAGCCGCUUACAUCACAUGGCUCUUAAAAGUAUUUGGUGCUAUCUCCACAGAAGAAUACAUUGGCUUCCCAAUAACUGAAUCUAAGGGUGCAACAAAUACUGAAGAAUUGUUGAUGCCCUACUUGUCAAUCAUGGCUGACUUCCGAGAUAGUGUCCGCAGCCAUGCUCGUCAGCUGAAAGCCACUGACAUCUUGAGAAUAUGUGAUAGAUUACGCGAUGACAUUCUACCAAAUGUCGGAGUCAGACUGGAGGACCAAGAAGGUUGUGCUUCGGCAGUGAAGCUAAUUGACCGGGAAUCUUUGCUGCGUGAGAAAGAAGCGAAAAAGAGGGCAGAAGCAGAGAAGGCCGCAGAAAAGGAGCGUAAAAAGGCAGAACGAGCAGUGGCACUGGUUCAGCGUGACUCCCAGAGAAAAGUGAAACCAUCAGAAAUGUUUCUGUCAGAAACAGACAAGUAUUCACAGUUUGAUGAUAAGGGUAUUCCAACACAUGAUACUGAAGGAAAGGAGUUGAGUAAAGGUCAAAUAAAGAAAUUGCAGAAACUUCAGCAAAACCAAGAGAAGAAGUAUAACGAAUAUAUUCAGUCAACUGUGCUUAAUGGAAUUGGAGAUUUGUGAACAGAAGUAUUACCAAAAUAAAAUCAGAAAGUUUUGUGCUAAUUUUUAAAAGGAACUCACAUUCUUAUGUGUUUGAUUUGUAUUGUUAAGAGCAAAAUUGUGCUAACAGUCUGGUUUUACAUGCAAUGUACUAUAUUUGAUCACAUUGUAGUACUAUGUUGUUGAGCAUUAACUACGUCAGUUUCCAUAUUUAAGACUGGUAUGACUGUAUUUAUAUAAGAAAUCUGUAAGAAUGUGCAGAUUGUACAUAGUCUGAACUAGAACUUUUACUUACUGGCUGUGCAGUGGCUCUGGUCACUUGGUUGCAGAUAAAAAUUGCCUAGUAUUCUGCCCUCAUAAGAAUCCAGUGUCUUGUUGGACAGUGUCAUUUUUGUAUGUUUGCACAGUGUGCAAGGAAGUAACUUCUGUAAGGAUUGUUAUGUCUGUUAUGACAUCCAGAUGUUUCAACUCAAGAAUGCUGGAUGGAAUUUAAUGAAUUUUGAUAUGAACAUUAUGCCAUUGGAACCCAUUCUAAAUUUGUACUUUUUAAUUUCCUGCAGUCGUUAGUAGCAACUUCACAGUUGUAUGAACCUGUGAUGUGAGGGUGGUACUAGCACAGCUACAGAAAUACAGUAACCAUGAUGACCACGGAGAGCACAUUAACCAUAGAAAACGUGGAAAUUGUGUUAAUGUUGCUAACCGUAGUAAUGACAGAAAUCAGUAUAGCCAAUGUUAGAAAUUUAAGAAAUCCAUAAAUGCAUAAGAGUGAAUUCAUAAUGCCAAAAUGCAAAGAAUGUGCCUGGAAACCAUGUGAGUUGCAAUACAAGUUACACUUUUAAAAUCUU